AUGGAAAUAUUAUCAAGUUCAAAUUUUGUUCAGCCCAACGCCAGAAAAAAUUUAACUAAUGAAGAACGCCAAGCAAUUUUUGCAGUUCUGUUAAAGAAAAGUGAAAAUGGAAAAUUAAAAAAGGGCUCAAUAAGUGCCACAGCAAAAAUGUUUUCUGUUUGCGUAAGAACAGUUCAACGAAUUUGGCAGCAAGCAAUGACAAGUUUUUCAAAUGGGUUUGUAGUUGAUGUAUCCGACAAGAAGCCGAAGAGAGUUGGUCGCAAGCGGGUACAAAUUGAUUGCAGUAAAGUCUCAGAAAUUCCUCUUCGGCAACGAACAAACAUUCGAUCUUUAUCGUUUGCUAUGCAAGUUGCUAAAUCAACACUCCAUAGAAGAAUCAAAGAGGGUUUUAUUAGACCGCAUUCAAAUGUAUUGAAGCCGUAUUUAUCAGAAGAAAACAAAAAGGCAAGGCUUAUGCACUGUUUGUCAAUGCUUGAGCCAUCUAGUCUUCACAAUAUGCCAAUUUUCUGCAAUAUGUUUAACCAUGUCCACAUUGAUGAAAAGUGA